AUGGCACCAUUCGAAGCAUUAUAUGGCAGAGCAUGUAGAUCUCCUACUUUGUGGGAUGAGGUUGGAGAAUCGUCAGUCUUGGGGCCUCAGCAUAUUCAGCGAGAUGCAGAGUUGGUUGGCACCAUCAGACGCAGAAUGUCAGAAGCCCAGGACCGACAGAAAAGCUAUGCAGAUCAGAGACGGAGACCUUUAGAGUUUUAUGUGGACGAUCAUGUGUUCCUGCGAGUGUCACCUACCAAGGGAGUGAGGAGGUUUGGAUUAAAAGGGAAGUUAGCUCCUCGUUACAUCGGACCCUUUCAGAUACUUGAGAGGAUCGAUGUCCCGAUCACCCUUCAGCCAGAUGUAACAUAUGAGCAGGUUCCAGAGCGGAUAUUGGAUCGCAAGGAACGCCAACUGCGGAAUAAGACCAUCCGACUGGUCAAGGUUGGAUCGGAGCAUCAUUCCAAUGAUGAGGCAACCUGGGAGCUGGAGGAUGAGAUCCGAGCGCGAUACCCACGGAUGUUUGAUGAAGGUAUGUAA